UGCAGUAGGUAUAACUUGUAGCAGCCUCUGGGAUCCAAGUCUGCCCAAUCUAAAAGCACAUAGCUGUUUGUGAGCAUCAAAUUGUGGGAAAAUGGCUCUCCAAAGAUGAAGGGAGAAAAAGAUUGGUGUUACGGGGUUCUCUCUUACCAUCUGUGCAAACGAGGAAAUCCUACUACUUUUCCUUAUUCUCCAGCAGUUCACAUGCUCAUCAUGUGAGUCUGUUAUGUACACUUGAUGUGGUUCUGUCAGACGUGUGCUUAGAGGCCAAGGUAUUCAGGAGGCAGAUAAUCUGUUGUUGUAUUCUUCUUAAAGGGCCUACGAAAUAUUUUCCUGUAGGCAGGGAUGAGUGAAGGAGUGCCCGUGGAGAGCAAUCACACUUGGUAGCACAAUGGGUCGCUCUGGGGAACGUGCACUUGGAGCUAACCUUAAUGGGUGGAGGGAUGUGCCUGUUGGUAGACACACUAUUGCCUGUCACUGUUUUACUUCAUAGGUGAGAGUCAGACCAGACAAAUGAGCUGUAACAAGAAAAAUUGCACUGACAAAAUGAUCUACUCUAUAUAAAAGUUGAUGGCAGAGCUGCUUCUGAAAGAGAGAUCAUAACCCCUGACAAAUGUUGAAAUGAAGAAAUUGUAUAACUGAGUUGGUGCCCUGUCUGACAGAGCCAAGAUACUGUCUGGAAUGGGAGGAGAUGUGUGGCAGCUGCGCCUCCAGCUGUGCAUUGCUGUUGUGCUGCUCUUUGGUGUAGGAAGAGGGAGAGAGCUCCCGGGCAGCCUGAGCUGCCUGAAUAACUAUGUGACUACCGUGAGCUGUGUGUGGGAAAUGGAGGAGCCCGUGAGCGAGGGACCUUUCCACCUGCAUUUCACCAACCUCUGGUCAAAGGGCCACAACACCAGCUGCAGACUUACUGCCAGAGAAAGCAUGCAGAACCAGUACCACUGCACAAUCCAUUUAGCCAGCCAGAUCUUGGAAACAGAUGGUUAUAGAGUCACUCUCCAAGGCAACUUCUUUGGGCGCAAUCACACGUACAUCAUCUUUCCAGAGUACAAUCCCCGCGAGCACAUAAAACUUGAUCCACCUUUGAACAUCCAGAGCAAUGCCACUGCCAGCAAGUGUCAGAUAUGGUGGAGUGUGCCUUGGUACCUCGUCGAAAUUCUUCAAUAUGAGUUGCAGUAUAAGGAGUACAGCAAGUCCUGGGAGAUCGCACUGAACAAGACACUCCCCAGUUCACUGCCCCAGGUCGAAAUUGAAGCCGUCGAGCUCCGCAGUGGCGUUGCUUAUGCUGCCCGAGUUCGGUGCAAGGUUUCUGAGAAUGAGGAUUCGUACCAUAGUCAGUGGAGCGAGUGGAGCCAGACAACAGUGUUUCAAAGAGCAGAACUGCCUGGAAAGAUCCUAAAUACCAGAACUAUGCUUUUCUUGUUCAUUCCUCUGAGUUUUGGCACCCUGCUGUAUUUAUUUUGGAAUUGCAAGCUUUCUUCAAGGGCAAAAGGCCUCUCCUGCUUCAACAUUCCCACACCAGCUGCUUUCUUUCAGCCUCUCUAUAAUUUGCACAAUGGGAAUUUUAAGGACUGGGUUGGACCUAACAAGGCUUGUAGCCAGCUCAGAAGAGAAGAGGCCAGCAAUUCAAACAAAGUGACUGCAGAUGAUGUUUCUGAUCUAAACACCCAAGAACAGAUUUCCCAGAUUUUUUCCUUGAAACCUAUGGAAAGCACAAAUCUGGUUGCUGCAGAUGAAAACUUUGUAUUUGCCUCAGUUCCAAGCCAGCAGUGUGUCCCCAGCAGGUAUGUAAGAGCAGAAGAGACAGAAGUGAAGCUGGGACUAUUGUUUGCACAAGCCCACGGUGAUGAUACAGUUGGCCUGAAAAUCUCUGAAAAAAUUAAAGCCAACCUUGAGAGCCCUAGCAUGGGAAGGAAUUAUUCCUCUCACUCACAGCAUGGAAAGGGUGACUUCCUUAUGCUUCAGGAACCUUGGGAAAUAGCAAAUGUGUCCUUCAGCAGUAGUGACUAUUGUACCUUAUGUGACAAUCAUACCACAGGAGGUUUGAUUCCUGCUGAACUACUGAAGCUCUCCAAUGGCAAUAGUCUUCUCAAACAUCAGAAUAAUGAGUGACCUUCCCUGAGGAAUACUGCCUACAAAGAUCUUUGUGCUGUCCUCUCACCUCCCAGCACUGUUUUCCCAAGUGGCUUACAUAGUGACUGUGCAGACAAUUACAAACAUCCAUCAUUUUUAGGUAAAUCCUCAAUUUCUGCACUUUAAAAGAAGAUUGUGACCAACUCCUCUGGCUAGCAAAUACUACUCCUACAAGCAUCACAAGGCCUGACUCCAGCAGCAUCUGCUGCCUCAGGGGACACAUGACCAUGGUCUUCCCUAAAUUAACCACCUGGCAGCAGUAAAAGUCCAGCAAUGCUCUAUUUAAGGAAGCAGCAGCAGAGCUGCUAUUUUUCCUCAGGAAGAGCUAUCGGAAUUGCGUGCCUCUCAGAAGCAGCAAUACCUGUAAUGUGCUGAACCACGACUUAAACUCCAUCGUUGUUUUAUAAAGUAGUACAGUUCUUCACAGAAACGUGGUAAACAAAUUUUGCUAAAAAGGGUAAUUUUGCUGCUUAAUAUUUGCUUCCUAAUAUGACAUUGAUGACUUCAAAUGGCUCCUGAUUUCUUCAGAAUUCAUAAUUGCUCUAUUUAAUCAGGCAGUGGCCUUGUUCUUUAUUACUCUGAAUGGCUGUAACUUUCUGCUGUGCGGUAACUGAGCCCCACGUACUGCUUUGAUUUUAACAACAAUUUAUUCCAAGGUUAAGUGCCUGGGCUGAUCUACUGGAGAAAGGUGAAAAGCAAGAAUAGCACAAAUGAGCUUUAUUUAAUCACAAAGCAGGCCAGGCCAACUGCCUCUCCAGGGCUUUUGGUAUUUCUCCAGAACUGAUGAGUCCUUUGCCUAUCUAUCUGCUCAACAGAACAGCCUUUCUGAGAUGAACCUCUGGAGGUCUACUUUCUGGCCUAGACACAGAAAACCCUAGAUGUGAUUGACUGCCCACCAAGCAGGUUCCUGGAGUCUUAGUUACAUCUCCUAGAUUUAAAGGGAGUUUUAGCAAGCAUACUGAGAAAUUUAUAGAUGCAGCUACACUAGCUGGCACAUGCAUACAUACAGUCACACAUAUUCAUUCCUUUGGGAGUGCUCCCCUUGAUUCUCUGGUGACUGUUAGCACUGAUUUGUUUUGACAAUGAAAAGAAAGAUUUCGGUUAUAAAUAACAAAGUGGAUUGAGACACCCUUCCCAAAAACAUGUGCUAAGCCAGAGAACUAUUGUGGAAAGUUUUCAUCUGGGAGAGAAGCAGCAACAGAAUGAGGAGUCCACACCCAGCUUGUGUGACAGCCACAGGAGGUGCCAGCAGUGAUUUUUGGCAUUGUAAGCAAAAGGCUUUUCUGAUAUGUGAAAAAAUAUCCCCUUUCUGGUCCCUCGUGCUUUUUAUCUUGUACAAACUAUUUUCAAGGAUGUUUUUUAUACUAUACCACCAUGUAAUGGCAGAAGAAUAUGAUGUUACUGUAAUUAACAGUAGCUAUAAUUUCCUCUGGAGAAGAAAAUCUGUAAAACAAGAUGUCUUUAGACACAUGUCUAAAGGAUUUAGGUGAUCUUAGACCCCCUAGUGUGACUUGAUGUAGUGUCCCAAAUUUCAAAUCUUCGUAAUCAGAUGGAUGCUUCCUGAAACUGUCAGAUCAAUUGUAUCUUAAAUCUCUCAGAUCUUGACAGCUGGAGCUUAUGAACGUGUCUGCACAGAAACUGAUCUGGUUUCAUAAAGUCCUAUUCAGUUAACAAGGUAUUCUGUACUGGUUACAGGAUAUCAGCAAAAGGAGAAUGGAAGCAAUUAUAUUCAGAGAUGAGUAGGGACCAGCAAGUCAGGCUAUGGAAGGGAGAGCCCAAAACUCCAUGAGAUACAGAAGCAAAAGGAAAUAGAGAGACUUAAUGUAGUAGUAAAUUACUUGAAAGAAAUGAAAAGCCAAAGAUGAUGCUGCCUGUGUCCAUCAGACAGGAAGACUACAAGAACUGACUCCACAGAUCAUGACAGGCUGAUGGUUAAAGAGCUGAAAUGAUACUGCGGCAUCAGCAGCUCUCCAGGAGAAUUCUAACAAAUUUAAGCUGCUUCUGCUUUUAUACAGCUACGUAUAAAAUGGGAACACUGCAAAGAGGAAAGGUUCCAUACAGAAUGUUGAUUGUAGCUAGAAAAAAAGAACAAAAUGCCUCUGCUUCACAAUUAGGUCUUUGGAACAAUUAAAGCCUCGUUUUUAU